AUGUCUGCUUUUGCGACUCAAACGGCUGGAGGAGGAGGAGUUCCACAGGGGUCAAUGGCGAUAAAGCCUCCUUCACAUCCUACUUACGAUUUGAAAGCAGUCAUCGAACUUGCUCUAGCUGAAGAUGCUGGUGACACAGGAGAUGUGACGUGUAUGGCAACGAUACCGUUUGAUAUGGAGGUUGAAGCUUAUUUCUUGGCCAAGGAAGAUGGGAUUGUUGCUGGAAUUGCUCUUGCUGAGAUGAUUUUUGAGCAAGUUGAUCCCUCUUUGAAGGUUGAAUGGAUGCGGAAAGAUGGAGAUUAUGUUCAUAAAGGGUUGAAGUUUGGGAAAGUAUCAGGGAAUGCUCAUAAGAUUGUUGUUGCUGAAAGAGUUGUGCUCAACUUUAUGCAGAGGAUGAGCGGUAUCGCCACCCUUACCAAGUUAAUGGCGGAUGCAGCCUACCCUGCACGUAUACUGGAGACAAGAAAAACUGCUCCUGGUUUGAGAUUGGUAGACAAAUGGGCGGUGCUGAUUGGUGGAGGGAAGAAUCAUAGAAUGGGAUUGUUUGACAUGGUGAUGAUAAAAGAUAACCACAUCUCAGCUGCAGGAGGUAUAAUAAAUGCUAUUAGAUCUGUGGACGAGUAUCUAAAGAUAAAGAAUCUCGAAAUGGAUGUGGAGGUGGAGACGCGGACACUAGAGGAAGUGAAGGAAGUGUUAGAGUAUGUGAGUGGAUCCAAGACUAGGGUGUCGAGAAUAAUGCUGGACAAUAUGGUUGUACCGUUAGAGAAUGGAGACGUUGAUGUCACCAUGCUUAAAGAUGCGGUGGAGCUAAUCAAUGGAAGAGUCGAGACAGAGGCUUCGGGAAACGUUACUAUUGAGACAGUACACAAGAUCGGACAGAGUGGAGUUACAUUCAUUAGCAGUGGAGCUCUGACCCAUUCGGUGAAAGCGUUGGACAUAUCACUUAAGAUUGAUACAGAGUUGGCUCUUGAGGUCGGAAGAAGGACAAAACGAGCCUAG